AUGAGCAGCGUUGAGCUACCUGACGAACCGGACAAGAGCUUGUCAUCGAAUAGCGCUAGCCCUUGCCUCUCACCCGUGAAGCAACCAAGUAAGCACCAGAGACUGCUGCCAACGAACUUGUACGUAAUCCUCUACAACUUUAAGUCCAGACACGCCGAUGAGUUAGACUUGAAAGCCGGCUAUAAAGUGACGGUGAUUGACACCUCUGAUCCUGAUUGGUGGAAGGGGAAGUGUUUGGGCAAGAUCGGAUACUUCCCUUCCAAGUAUUGCACGAAGCUCCAAGCUGGCGAGAGACCCUUGCAGGUCACCCAUAAUUUACAGGUCUCUGACGGUGACAAUGGCCUGAUGCUGCUCAGAGAUCAGAUCGUGAUUCAAGUAGGAGACGAGGUGGACGGCAUGGUGAUGAUCCGUUCGGGCGACAACCGACAAGGCGUGUGCCCGGUGAAGUUCCUUCAGGAAAAACGCGGAUCACUAACUGAAGAAAGUAACACAUUGCACGCCCCGAAACCUAGUCAGAGCGCACCGGUCACGCCAUGUGACAGCGACAACUCCACUUGGUCCGAUAGAACAUGGAUGAGUAAGUACAGCUACGAAUCAACUUCAGGGUACGAUUCUGCGGACGGCGCGUGGUGGUGGAAAAGACAGACGGAAGUGAGGCGAGAGCAGCAAGAUGGCGUUUGGUGGUGGCGCAGACCUUUAGAUGUACGACGGAAUCAGUGCAGAAGAUGUGGAGCUUGCUCAGCAACAAGGCCCCUUAGAAUGACUCCAUGUGCAGGCAUCGCCCAAGGAAGUGACGAGGAUCAUGGAACCCAACGACCCCUAAUGUCCCGCGACCGCCCCUUACUGUUCGUCAGGCAAUUAUUUUUGUAG